AUGGAGCGAAGAAAGAGUGCCUUAGAAGAAGCCCAAGAAGCGGCUCUCAACUUUGCGUUGGAUGACGACGAUGAUGUCUCCGUCAUUAGCUUCGAGUCUGCCAGUGGUGGUGCCGAAGACGUGGAGCUGACGUUCCAAGAAUUCACCAGCAAUGCCGCCAAUUCUAUUCCAAGAACAAGCUGUGGUACAGAUUCUACGUAUCAAGCACACACACGAUCUUCCUUGACCUCGCCACCACCGGCUUCCACUUCCUCCAUCAAGGCUCCAAAUCGCAAUUCUUCUCCGUCAAACCCCUCGAAUGAAGACAAAGAGAACAACAGCAACAGCAACAGCUACCAAUGGGCUCGUGCUCGUGCUCAAGCUUUGGCUUCCAUCCUCCAACCAGGACUGGAAUCAGAAGACGAUGGCUUUUCUCUUGACAGCUCCCAAAGCGAAAGCUCUGCCUCCAAAAUGGGACCGAAACCACCCAAGAGAAAGGACAGCAGCCCCGACAGCAGCAGCAAUGCAAAAGCAGAUGAAAUCUUCUUACAAAUGCAAAUUCAGUCAGGCGAAUUCAGCGUUUCCAGGCGCUCGUUGCCUCCAAAUUUGACCCGAUACAGUUCUGGUGAAUCCACCUCCACCGCAAAGAGUGCUCAAACUAUCAAGUCCUUUCCUCCUACUGUCAAGCGCACUCUAUCCCAGUCCUCCUAUCGAGAUCCAAGACAUCGCAAGAACUAUGGGGGCCAAUCCUAUCGUUCUUUGAUUCGCCCGACUCCAAGACCCGCAAGAGUGGCGACCCGAGCUGCGUCCGUUGGGACGACUACUGGCAGCACCAUUUCCUCUAAGUCUUCCUCUAGUUUCAAGGCCAGUAGUCAUGCUGCUGUAGUAGCUACCAAAGCGACUGCUACUAAUGAAAAGAAUCAAGAGAAACGGGCAAUUUCCCAGUUCCGCCAAAGCUUUCUUCGUACCAUGGAAGAACGGCUUCAAAUGCGCGUGGAAACCAAGGAACGCCGAUACGACGAAGAGAAUCAACAACAACAACACCAUCAGCGUUUCCAAGAAAAUGGGGAGGAACAGGAGGAAGAAGAAGACAAACCUCCUUCCGAUACUGAAAUUCUCACGGCGGAAACUAGGGUCGUUCCAACCUCUGUUGAUUUGAAUGAGACCCAGCACAGUCUUGCGGAAAGCACCAUCCCUGGUCGCAAAUUGGUGCAUUCUGUCUUGAUUUAUUCCCUCUUGGGAACAAUUGCCAUUGCCACCAUUUCCAUCUUGAUUGUCGUUCUUUUGCAAAAAGGAGAUAACGAAGGAAAAGUUCCGUUGAUGGAACAAGAUUCUCCUGUUGCUCCCGUAUCUCCUCCUACUAUAGCUCCUGAAGUGGUUCCAGACCAAGUCCUAGCGGUCGUUCCCAAAACCAUCUGCAUGGAACAGGUGCCUGGUGACGGUUGGUCGACCCAAUGCUCUCCAGAACAAUCCAAUCUUCAAGGUGGGGGUGUCUGCAAUCUCGUGGCCCAGAGCUUCUUGCAUCAAGUCGAAGGGGCAGACAUUGCGUUUCAAUCUUCUACAUCUUGCUUGGGAGAUAUUGUCAUUGGUAACUUCACCGUGGCCGAUGCCUACCAAAUUCUUCCCUACAAUGAGCGACUCUGGAAAAUUGAAGUGACAGGGUUUGAUAUUCUAACGGUUCUGGAGCAAGUCUUGGAAGCCACAUUUGGAAUCAACAAGGGCAAGCGAGACUACCCAUAUGCCGCUGGGUUGCGCUUUGCGAUCAAUGCUUCGGCUCCCUAUAUGCACCGUAUCUCGGACCUUGAGAUCAAUCGUCGAUUGGAACAAUAUGCAUGGGAACCAUUGGACAUGGACGGAAAGUAUACUGUUGUUGCCAGUCGGAAUCUCUUGAUUGGUGGAUCAAUCAUUCGGGAUACACCCUACGCAGCCUUUGAACAGGCUUACAAGGAUCAAUUUCCAAAGGGUAAAACUUGGAGGCAAACCACCACUACCUUCAUUGAGUAUGCGGAAAAGGAAAGAGUGCUGCGUGAUCCACCAUUGGAUACCUAUUCCACUGCAUUGUUUGUUCCAUAA